AUGAGCGCACGUUCCCAUCGACUCGAACACAGCUUGGGCAGUAGUUGGGGUGACGCUGACUACGCAUCCGGCGACGAAGGAUCGAUUCACUCCGCUAGCGACGAAGCCAGUGAAGUGGAACUGGAAGGAUCCGACAAAGAAACGAUACAAGAACCUCAGACACCUGUGACACCGAGACCUAAGCGUGACCACCUCAGUCAAUCAACACCUACAGCUCGAACCCAAGUUCGGCCAGUACGACAGCCAGCGAGUCGUACUAAAGCCAGUCAGUCGCAGAGAAUAGGAUCAGACCAAAGGACGCAAAGGCAAGACGUGUUCGAGCCAAGCUUCAUCAUGCCAUCUAUGGCCAACUCGCAGAGUGGAUACAAUGGGUCACCAGGGGCAAAGCCCCAGCCGCGAAAUCGAGCAAGGAAACCGGCCCAAAACUCUUCAUCAAAUCCACCCCAUGCAUCUGGCAUUUCUUCUACGAGAGGCUCUUCCAACGAAUAUCAACAGUCGUCACCACAGGAGCAGGGGGAGGUGAGCCCAUGGCAUUAUGUGAGUCUCUUCUGGGAUAAAGUCGCCGCACCACUUCUUGCUCAUUUGUUGGAUAUCUUCUCCUACGCCCUGCGCCACUUCAUCAAACCGGUCCUGGGCGUCAUACUUGGUGUUGGUAUACUAGUUUUCAGUAUCCAGAUAGCAUCCGGCAUGCUACGCUCCACAGUUUCAAAUGCUGUAAUGGGUCCUGUUUGUGCCAUACCCGGCUCUUCUUAUCUCAUCGCUGCCUGUGUUACGACAGGCACAGAAAGCCCUCAAGCUGAUUUUGAGGAACUUAUCAACGUCCAAGGUAGAUUUGAGGAUAUCUUGGAUGCAUCGAAAGAUACUUCUGCAUUACCUGCCACCAUCAAGAACUCUGAACUUGCUAUCCGCGAUUUGCGAAUUCUUGUCAAACACUCUCGUCUUCCAAGCCGCAAAGCACUGGAGAACGAAUUUGAGUACUUUAUGCAAACAGCUAAUGAGGCUUCCCUCGAUCUCUCCCGCUACAACAGCCGUAUAGGAGCAGCCAUGGACCGCGUCAUCGCAACAAAUACCUGGACCAUGAAUGUACUGUCUGGGAUUUCGGAAAAAGAAGCAUCAGUUGGCGCUGUUGGUCGAGUCCUCAACCAGCUCACAGGCGCAUUUGUGGCCCCACCACCAUCGCUUCAACAGCAGAUCUUCGACCAAUAUGUCCUACACGUCAGCAAAAACAAGGACGAAAUCACCGGUCUUAUUCAAACUGCUCAAGCGCUUCUUCUUGUCCUACAAAAUCUUGACGAGCGACUAGGUACCAUCUAUGAGAUUGCGACAAACGACGACCAGACGAUAACGAGCAGACAAGACGAGCUUCUCUCUAGUCUUUGGACAAAGCUCGGUGGAAACCGCGGGGAUGUGAAGGCCAACAUCAAAUCCCUUAAUCUACUCUCCAACAUCAACGCGUACCGCAAGAGAGCCGUCAAUCAUGUAACGGACACGCUUCUCAAGCUACAGGAAAUUCAGGCUGAAUUGGAAAACCUGCGGGAAGGCGUCGCGGCGCCGGAGAUCUUGGGAUAUGCGAGUGGUUACUCGUUAGAAUUCCACAUUGAUACUAUUGGGAAAGGUGUCGAGAGGCUGCAGGUCAGUCGUGGAGAGCAGAUGAGGGAAGAGAGGGAGACAUACAAGAGGCUCAUGCGUGGUGGAGAGGAAUCUGACGGCAGGAGAGAGCUGCCUGGACCGACGGUCACGGUCAGGGCGAAGUAG